UCUCACUCCUUUUUCCUCUAAACCUCCAUCUCUGCAAAACACUAUCGAAAACUCUACCCCUCGCCCCAAUAUACUUCCUCUUCUCUCUCCCUAUUAUUGGGCAUUUGGGGUUGUAGAGUCUCUCGCUGCGCUUUUUCGCAGUUUUCUGCAAUACCCAGUACUAUUCCUGUUACCAAAUUCUCUAUGGUCCCUUCUUUUAUUAGGUCUAGCUAUAAAAGCAUUUCACAGUGUCUCCUUGUUUCGAUUUUCAUAUCGUAAUUCUGCAUUACGUACAGUAGUAUGCUAAUUAAGCUUGGUUUUUCUGCUGAAUUUGAAUUGCAUGGGAAUUGAGAGGAGGUUGGCUGAUAGGAGAGACAAAAACUUUUCUGAAUUACCCGAAGAGACGAACACCAACAAUAAAUCAAUGAAGAAUAACCGGCGACGUCAGAAGAAGACGUCUUCGGUUCAGAAACUAUUCAACACAUGCAAGGAAGUGUUUGCCUAUGGUGGGACUGGGAUUAUUCCACCCCCUCGAGACAUUGAGAAGCUGCGGUCUAUUUUAGAUGGAAUAAGACCAGAAGAUGUUGGCCUGACACCUGAAAUGCCACAUUUCGGGACAAGCCGUGCCCAAAGAAUGCCAAAAAUCACAUACCUGCAUAUCUAUGAAUGUGAAAAAUUCUCGAUGGGAAUAUUUUGCUUGCCACCUUCUGGUGUUAUUCCUCUUCAUGAUCACCCCGGAAUGACGGUUUUCAGCAAACUUCUCUUUGGGACCAUGCACAUCAAAUCAUAUGACUGGGUGACCGACUUGUCCCCGCACAAUCCUACCAGCUUCAAACCAACGGAGAUCGAGAGUUCAGAAGUGCGGUUGGCUAAAGUGAAGGUUGAUGCAGAUUUCACUGCUCCUUGCAACACCUCUAUCCUUUAUCCGGCGGAUGGAGGAAACAUGCACUGCUUCACCGCAGUGACAGCAUGUGCAGUUCUCGAUGUUCUUGGCCCUCCAUAUUCUGAUCCUCAUAGGAGGCCUUGCACUUACUACCUUAGUUACCCUUAUUCCAGAUUUUCAGUAGAAGGAAUGUCCGUAGCACAAGAGGAAGAGAAGGCUUACGAGUGGCUUCAAGAGAGGGGGAAACCUGAGGGUUUACAAGUAGUUGGAGCCAUGUACGGAGGCCCAAAGAUUGUGGAGCACUGAACUCAUCAUCUUACAUCAUCAUCAUCAUCAUCAUGUUCCUCCCUGGUCCCUUAAGUCUUUUCGAUAUUAUAUAUAGGUUCUGAGUGCUGACAGAUUUUCUAUUAAUGAAGAAAGCCGAUUAGACCCCAGCCUUGUCUGAACGGCUGGUGAAACUUUUUCUGAGAUCUUUUUCCCUUAUGCCCCCUUUUUUUUUUCCAGUUUUAAUUUUAUGUUCUCACAGGCACCUAGUGAUGUUUUUUCAGACGACAGUUCUGUUGUUGUAUAUACAGAUCAAAAAACAGUAAAUGAUAAAAACAGAUUUACAGCA